AUGCGCCCUACCUCCAUGCUGACACGUUGAUCGUGUAAUUGGAUCCCGCUCGACUGAGUGGCGCAAUGCCAGGGACUCUCUUGCCCCCGAGAUCGCACCGGCAGCACGCAGAGAUGGACCGACCGUCUGCGGCCCGGCCGGACCUCUAUUUGAUUACCGAUCAGGACAUCGUUUACGAACAAGAUUUGCUUCGCGACGCCGGCAGCGUCAAGCCAUGGCUCGCCUAUAUCGAAUUCAAGCAGCAAAAUGGCACGCUUUAUGAGCAAGCAUUUGUCAUGGAGCGUGCUUGCAAACAAUUACCGCGGUCAUACAAGCUCUGGAAGAUGUAUCUGGAAUUUCGUACGAAGCACCUGAAGGGCCGCAACCCAACGGUAUAUCGUGCCGAAUACCAGAAGGUGAAUGCCCUCUUCGAAAGAGCUUUGAUCCUGCUCAACAAGAUGCCGCGCAUCUGGGAAAUGUACCUCUCCUUCCUACUUCAACAACCUCUCGUGACCCAAACUCGACGAACCUUCGACCGCUCUCUACGUGCUCUGCCAGUCACCCAGCACAAUCGAAUUUGGAGGCUUUACAAGGGCUUCGCUCGGUCUGCAUCUGGCCAAACUGCCGUCAAAAUCUUUGCGCGUUACAUGCAAAUUCACCCAGAAAAUGCCGAAGAGUACAUUGAACUUCUUGUCCAAAUGGGCGAAUAUACGGAAGCCGUGAAAAAGUUCAUGGAGAUUCUCGACAAUCCGCGUUUCCAGUCCAAGAAUGGCAAGAGUCCAUUCCAGCUUUGGACAGAGAUGGUCGAUUUGCUUGUUUCUAAGGCUAAGAAGAUUGAAACGGGCCCGCAGGUCGGAAUCGAUGUCAAUGCCAUCCUUCGGAGUGGUGUUGAACGUUUCGCUGACCAGAGAGGCAAGCUUUGGGCCGGUCUCGCCACAUACUGGAUCACCAAGGGCAACUUCGAGAAGGCGCGGGAUGUCUUCGAGGAGGGAAUUACUACUGUCAUGACAGUUCGUGAUUUUACUCUUAUCUUUGACUCCUAUGUCGAAUUCGAGGAGUCUAUCAUCGGCAACUUGAUGGAAAGUGCAGCGGUCCGGUCUGAAAAGGGCAAGCUCGACGAAGAAGCCGAUUUUGAUCUCGAUCUCCGUAUGAUGCGCUUCGAGCAACUGAUGGAUCGCAGACCGUUCCUGGUGAAUGAUGUGCUCUUACGGCAAAACCCUCACAACGUCAUUGAAUGGGAGAAGAGGGUGGCACUUUGGGGUGAUAACAAGCAAGAAGCUGUUCAGACCUACACAAAUGCCAUUGCAGCAAUCAGCCCUAAGAAAGCUCACGGGAAAUUCUCUGAGCUUUGGGUCAACUACGCCAAGCUCUAUGAGAACGGCGGAGACUUGGAAACCGCAAGAGUCAUCUUUGACAAGGCUGUCAAGGUUCCCUUUAAGUCCGUGGCUGAGUUGGCUGAGACUUGGUGCGAAUGGGCUGAAAUGGAGCUGCGCGCCGAGAACUUCGACAAGGCAGUUAGCAUCAUGGCGAAGGCGACACAAGCACCCAAGAAGUCUACUGUGGACUACUUCGACGAGAAUUUGUCUCCACAACAAAGAAUCCACAAGAGCUGGAAAUUGUGGAGUUUCUAUGUCGAUCUCGUCGAGAGUGUUUCUUCCCUGGAGGAAACCAAGAAGGUCUACGAGCGGAUCUUCGAGCUUCGCAUCGCGACACCCCAAACUGUGGUCAACUAUGCCAAUCUUUUGGAGGAAAACAAGUACUUCGAAGAUUCCUUCAAGGUAUACGAGCGCGGACUGGAUCUCUUCAUGUAUCCAGUCGCCUUUGAGCUAUGGAACAUGUACUUGACCAAGGCUGUGGACCGUAAAAUUGGCAUUGAGCGCCUCCGAGACCUGUUUGAGCAAUCCUUGGAAGAAUGCCCACCAAAAUUCGCUAAGUCCCUUUACCUGAUGUACGGAAACUUGGAAGAAGAGCGCGGUCUUGCACGACACGCCAUGCGCAUCUACGAGCGCGCAACUCGUGCUGUCUCCGACGAGGACCGGUUCGAGAUGUUCGAAUUCUACAUCACAAAGUCAGCCUCGAACUUUGGUCUCACAUCCGCAAGACCCAUCUACGAGCGCGCCAUUGCCGCCUUACCCGACCAAGAGGCCAAGGAAAUGUGUCUCAAGUUCGCCGAGAUGGAACGACGACUCGGCGAGAUCGACCGUGCCCGCGCUAUCUACGGCCACGCAUCCCAGUUCUGCGAUCCCCGGACAAAUGCUCCCUUCUGGCAGAAGUGGGAGGCCUUCGAAGUCCAGCACGGAAACGAAGAUACCUUCAAGGAAAUGCUUCGUAUUAAGAGAAGUGUCCAGGCUCAAUACAAUACCGAUGUCAACUUCAUUGCAUCCCAGGCAAUUGCCAGAAGCCAACAACCCCAAGACGGCGAACAGGGCGAAGAAAGCCAAGACCGCGCAGAUGCCAUGGCUGAGCUGGAACGCCAAGCUCGCGCCCCUGUCGGCUUCGUCGCCGCCAGCAGCGGUCCAGAGGGUGGCAACCGUCCUCCUCCUGCGGGCAAAGCACCUGCUGCCGCCCCUGCCAACCCUGACGCCAUUGAUCUUGACAUGGACGAGGAAUAG